AGUGUUUAUACUCUUGGUGGCAGAAGCGAGUUAAGCGAAAGUAUAUCAAGAGUGGAAAGAAAGAAUCUGCAGAAUGGUGAAGUGACCUUACUCCAACCAAUGAUUGAAGAGAGAGCGGGUCAUUCUGCAGUGGCUCGAGAUCAUGCAGUUCUAGUUUUUGGAGGUUUUAAUUCGCAAAGUGACGCAAUUUUAGAAUCUUGUGAGGAAUUCCUACCUACAACCAACACAUGGAGGAAACUGCCCUCAAUGCCAACACCUCGAUAUGGCACAGGAGCAGCACAUAUACCCGGUGUUGGUGACAUAGUCGUUGGUGGAUGGACAGAUAUUGGAGAUGAUACACAGCCUGUCGACAACGCAGAAAUCUUUUUGACAACUUCAUCGCCUCUUGGACAUGCAGGCAGUUGGUGUGAAAUCACUCCCAUGCUUCAUUCGAGGGUAUAUCCAAAAGCAGAAUUUUUCAAUGGAAAUGUGUACGUCGUUGGUGAUUAUGAGGAAUCAACUUCUUGUGUGGAGAUGUUGUCCUUAUUUUCUGAUGGACCUCCCCAGUGGACCGAAGUGAUCGACGCCUCGUUUAGUUCGAAUUCGAUGAUCUCUUUUAAAGGGAGUCUUUUGUUUGCUUGUGAGUCAAAUUUCAAUUUUUUUCUUAAUUUUAUGUCUUUAUCAUUAUUAUCGGCUUUCAUUGUUAACUACUAUUGA